AUGUUUAGUGUGCUGAAUAGAUUUAGGAGCUCGAAACCUGAGUCAAAGAAAGAUGUUGAGAAACAGAGGAGUAAAGACACGCUUAGGAUUUUGCACCAAGUUAUAGAUUUUGAAAGUGCAUUGCAAGCCAUGGAUUAUGUCCUUGAUGAUCGACCUGAACAAGGAAAAGCGUUAUUAGACGAUAUUGAUAAAAAAACUGGUAGCCCUCAUACAAUUAGUGUACUAGCAAGAGGUGUAGUGGAAUUUUUACAAGCUACCUUGAGUUUUGAGCAUGAAGAGAUGAAGAAAGCUACAGAAACAUUGAUGAGAGCUGAAGAUUUGUCUUGGAAAAGUAAGACAGAUGCUGAAAAACAAAAUUUUAAAUCUAGUUCGAUAUAUCCACCAGGUACUGUAUACGCAGUAACAUAUACGGAGGCACUAUUGUUGCAUGCGUUAUUGAUGCUAUUUAGUGAAAGUCUUGUUGAAGCUGCGAAGGCUUUGUUUAAAUUAAGAAAGGCUUAUUCGAUGCUUUCUCAAAUUAUUCAAUUGGUCCAUGAAGCCGAGAGAAAGAAAAAUAUACCAGGAGUUAUAUCUAUGACUGCUAUAGAUGGUGAACCAACUACUAACAAUACAAACAAUAGUAGUAGUACUAGUAGCACAAGAAGUAGCACCAGUAGCACCCGCAAGGGUACAAACAAAACCCCAAGUGAAUCUGAAACAAGUUCGGUAUCUGAUGCUACAACGUUUACAUCUGUUGAUGUUCCAUAUAAAUUAACUGAUGAACAGAAAAGUGACGAUUCAUUGAUCGCACUUGCAGAAAGGAUUCAAAAGAUGAGACUUGGUCGUUUGGCUGGUUCCCAUAUUGAUAAUGCACCAGCUUUCAAUAGACUUAGAGAAGAUCUUGGGCUACACACAAUGAAAACUAUUGAUAGACAAGGUAUAAAUAUGACUCAGAAGUCGUAUCUAUCUGAGGAGUACGAUUUACAUCAAGCUACCAUCGAUGAAUUUAUUGCUUCUGGUGCAAAUUUAUGUUAUGGUAUUUUACAAGUGGUUUUAUCUUUAAUUCCACCAGCUGUUGGGGCCGUAUUAUCUAUAGUAGGAUUUAAAGGAUCUAGAGAGGAAGGGUUAAAAUUAAUUUGGAAAUCUACUAGACAAAGAAAUGUUCAUGGUUCCAUAGGUUUAUUAUCCUUGAUGUUUUAUUAUGAUGGUCCAUUCCAAUUUACAGAUGACGAUUUUGAUAUCCCAGUGUCACAUUAUAAAAACGAUAAGAGUAAGAGAGAUGCCACAUUAACUAGAAGUUAUACUAACGCUAAGGAUUUUGAUUCUAUGGCAAACGAAAAGUUAUUACAUCCAGGUAAACUAUUAGAAAAUUCCUUGUUGCAAGCAAGAGCCUUAUUUCCAAAUAGUGCACUUUGGUUGCUAAACGAAGCUAGAAUGCUUUCAGCAAAGGGUAGAUUGAGUGAUUCAAUGACUCUCAUGGAUUCCAUUGAUGUGAAUGAAAUUCAUAUGAGACAAGUUAAAGUAUUGAUGGUCUUUGACAGGGCAAACACUUUGGUUAAUUUACAUGAAUAUGAAAGAGCAGCAGAAGAAUUGAUUUUUCUAACAGAUUUCAGUGAUUGGUCCCAUGCUUUUUAUACUUAUUUUGCUGGAUGUUGUUAUUUGGAGAAAUGGAGACAGUGCGAAUUAAAGAUUAUUAACUCUGAUAAUUCACAAGUAUAUAAAGAACGUGCAGAAAAAUUGAUAUUAAGUGCUCCUGAUUUAUUAGCGAAGAAAACUUUUAGAUCUAAAAAUUUACCAUUGGAUAGAUUUAUGGCCAGGAAAGUCAGUCAAUAUAAAGUGACACAAUCUAAAUUGGGUUGCAAAUUCAUUGUAGAUGCCAUUGCUACAUCCCCAAUUCAUGAAAUUAUGUAUUUUUACAACGGUUACAACAGAAUGACUAAAGAUAGUUUAAUCAUGACUAAGAGAUUAUUAGCUGAGUAUCAGAAUGGUGCUACGGCACUACAUGACCCAGACCAAGAAUUGGUAAACAAUUUGUUGUUGGCAAUUACUUUACGUCGACUUCAAGAACAUAAGGAAGGUUGUAAAUUGCUAGAUGAGAAAGUGUUACCUCAAAUAUUUACAUUACAAAACGGUAAAGUGAAAUAUAUUAAGAAAACUAACGAUCCAUGGGCAUACCCAACCGCAUUAUAUGAGAGAGCUCUAUUUAGCUGGAAAGAAGGUGGUGUUGGGAAAUUACCAGAGAUUAGAGAAUGGUUAGUAAGGGCCCAAAAUUACGCAGAUGAUUACGAGCUAAGUACACGUAUUUCGAUGAAGAUCAAGGCAGCAUUAGAUAGGGUAGAGGAAGCUCUGUAA